GUUUCCAGGAAGUGUUCAGCUCGUGUACAGAUGACAGCUGAACAGAGACUGUUUAACCGGUUAGCCCUGUGUCCGUCCCCACACUUAUAUCAAUGGAAGUAUUAAAUUCCUUCCUUCACAGUCGAAAGACACAACGUCUGCUGUCUUUCUAGACAUACAGUGAGCUAUACACAUACAUUUUUUUUGACAGGAUCGGGAUCAAGGCUAAGUGAGAUGGAGGAUUCUGCAGAGUCUAAGUGGACACUGAGGUCAGAUGCAAGCUCAGAGCCUUUACUCUAUUGUUGCUCAGCCUAUGAUUGCAGUGAGGAUCCUUUUCAUGGAAAAGUGUUAAGGAACAGAACUAAAGCCAGGAGUAUGUCUAUGCCAUCAGAACCUAGCUCUGCCAAGUUCAGGAGGACACAGUCACUUCACGGACCAAGCCCUGUCACCACAUUUGGACCCAAAGCCUGCAUUCUGAAGAAUCUUAAAGCUGUCAUGCAUAUUCAAGAUCCAGCCAGUCAGAGAUUCACAUGGAACAAGCCACCCAAAAGUGUCCUUAUAAUAAAGAAAAUCAGAGACAUCAGUCUGCUACAGCCUUUCAAAGAACUCUGCAUUUUUCUAACACAGCAGAAAAAUAUGAUUGUCUAUGUGGAGAAGACCGUCAUUGAAGAUCCAGCCAUUACUAGAGACAGCUUUGUCUCCAUCAAAAACAACAUUUGCACUUUUAGAGAAGAUUAUGAUGAUAUUUCCAAUUGUGUCGACUUCAUAAUUUGUUUGGGAGGAGAUGGGACUUUGCUGUAUGCUUCUUCUCUCUUCCAGGAGAGUGUGCCUCCUGUCAUGGCCUUCCAUUUGGGUUCUCUGGGCUUUCUUACACCAUUUAACUUCGACACAUUCCAAUCUCAGGUCACCCAGGUUAUAGAAGGAAAUGCCGCGAUCAUUCUACGCAGUCGUCUAGAAGUGAAGGUAGUUAAAGAAUAUAGAAAGAAGGGAUCUGUGGAGGAAAUGAGUUUAGUCACUAAUGGGAACAAAACUAUACAGUAUCAAGUGCUGAAUGAAGUCGUUGUAGACAGAGGUCCAUCUUCCUACCUCUCUAAUGUGGACUUGUUUCUGGAUGGUCACCUGAUCACCACUGUUCAGGGAGAUGGUGUGGUAGUGUCAACUCCUACAGGAAGUACUGCAUAUGCAGUAGCAGCAGGUGCAUCUAUGAUCCACCCAAAUGUUCCAGCCAUCAUGAUCACACCCAUCUGUCCACACUCCCUCUCCUUCAGACCCAUCGUAGUGCCUGCUGAUGUUGAGCUCAAGAUUAUGCUGUCCCGUGAUGCCAGAAACACGGCCUGGGUGUCUCUUGAUGGCAGGAAAUGGCAGGAAAUUGCCUAUGGGGACAGUAUUAUCAUCACAACGUCAUGCUUUCCUGUUCCUUCCAUCUGUUUUCGUGAUCCCGUGAAUGACUGGUUCGAGAGCCUGGCCCAAUGUUUACACUGGAAUGUUCGUCAGAAGCAGAGUCAUCUGAGUUCUGAAGAGGAAGAGUUCUGACCACAUUCCAAGCUUUUAUAGCACUGUUACUUAGAUGUGUUCUUUUUUUUUCUUUUUUUCUUUUUUUAAGUUUUAGUACAUUCUCUCAUGUCUCAUUGCAGCUAAAGAGGAAAAAAUACACAAUUAUAUUUUGCUUUUAAAAAGUAUUUUAUUUUAUUUUUUUUUCUUGUGACUUUUGUGUUCCAAAAAAAACACUGUGUGUAUGUAUGUGUUUUUAAACUCUCAUUAGAAAUAAUUAAUUUUUUAAUUUUAUGCAUUAUGGCAAUAAGAAUUCUGUGGAAAUCUUAAUUUUUUUCUUUAAAGGUCCCGUUUUUCGUUCUUUUUUGAAGCUUUGAUUGUGUUUACAGUGUGCAAUAUAACGUGUUCAUGUUUCGCGUGUAAAAAAAACAGUAUUUUUCACACAAUCUGUUUUCACUGUCAUAAAAAUGGGCUGAUGACUUCCUUGUUCUAUAAAGUCCCUCCUUCAGAAAUGCGUAGCGAGUUGUGAUUAGAUACCAGCUUAGAGCAUGCUGCCCUCCUGGAAACGCAAUUGGGCUAGUUUUGAGAAGCAAGUGGUUAGGAUUUGUUUUGAAAACCUGACAAUCCUGAUCUGAACCAUAGACAGUAAAAGAACGCACAUGCUGCAGAUGUACUUAUAAUCACAGGAGCGUUUUUACUAAUGAGAUGUGCAUGAAAAUCGCAUUAGAUUUUUUUUCAAAGUCCUAACAUCUAGUUAACAAAGCUAUACAGAGUUGCCCUUUGUGUAAUUAGUUACAGAAACUGUUAAACGCACCAGCUUAAAUAAUAAAAUACACUUACCGGUUGUGGUCCAUAAACAACGCCAUCUCCAGACAAAGAGGGAACUGCUCCAUCUUUCAAGAAUAAUCUUUGUGCGAAUCCAGCAUUAAACUGAUUGAGAUUGAGCAAGCUGUCCUCAGCAAAAUGUGCUGCAUGUAGUUUUACAUGUGGAUUAUAAUUUUCGGGAACUGAGUUAAACAAAAAUUGUAACCAUUAAUCUCCAAGUACAGCGUCCCUGGGAAGCCCAAACAAAGAUGAUUGGAUUCUGAGAUUAAAAUAACAGUGUUUCGACGACAUGGCGACAAACACAAACGCAACUCUUCCUCUUCUCUGUCGGAGCGCAACAAGACCACGUCCCUUUUUUGUGUAUUCAUGUGGGCGGAGGUUAGUCAAAAAAACUGUUUUAGUGACGUCAUUACUGCAGGAACUAGAGGGAUGUAGUCCAAACGGGUCAUUUUUUGUAGGCAAAUUCUGUUAAAUAAAAUAUCUUGCUUGGAAUUGAAUUUUGAGCUUUAGAAUUUUACAGAUAUUAUUUAUACUCUAACAACAACUUUACACAUUUACAUUUAUUCAUUUAGCUGACGCUUUUAUCCAAAGCGACUUACAAUUGCUAUAUAUGUCAGAGGUCGCACGCCUCUGGAGCAACUAGGGGUUAAGUGUCUUGCUCAGGGACACAUUGGUGUCUCACAGUGGUUUCGAACCCAGGUCUCUCCGACCAAUGGCAUGUGUCUUAUCCACUGCGCCAUCACCACCCCACACACACUAACUAAAGUUUAAAACAUGGGAUCACGAAGAACUGGACCUUUAAUUUUUGGGUGAAAUGUAACCACAAUAUAAAUGGGCACAUAUUCUUGGUGAGUUAUGUGAAAAUUGCUUUUAAUUUAAUAUCUUUCAUUCCAGUUUUUGGCUGACAGGGUCAGAUUAUAGCAAUAACUACAUUUUGAUAUACUGCAUUGUGCCUUGUAGAGUAUUGCAUCAAUAGUCAGUCAGUUGGGGGAAAUUUUUUAAAGUAUUGGGUAAAUGUAUUUAUGCAAUAUUUAGAAUGUAUUUUAGACACUGGUUAUUGAUAUAUUAAAUAUCUGAGCUUGAAUAUUCAUUAUAAUUUAUUUUAUUUGUUUUUGAAACACCUGGACUUUUUUCCAUUGGUCUCUUGCAGCCCAACAAACUGAAUUACCAAUGAAUUACAAUCCGUGCAUCGAAUAUUCUAAUAUACCGUAAUGUUCCUUUUUUAGUUUUAUAUACAACUAGUAAACACUAAAGCCUAUCCUAGGUUUUAAAUUGAAAUGUAAGCUUUUUAUAUCUUGUCAGAAGCCAGUUUUUAUUUACUGUCAGAAUUUAUAUUACUAUAAAAAAAAACGUUCAUAGCAAAAAUGUUUACAUAAUGUUUUUUGUUGUCUCUUACUGUUUUCCAAAGUUCAGUGCAAAAUGCAUAUUUGUCACAACAUUUUGUAAUUGACAAUAAUGUAUUUUUAUGAUGUCAUUUUCUAAUAUUAUACAAGUUGACCUUUUUUUUCUUUUCUUUUCUUUUUUUACAAAUUUAGGUAAUAAUAAAUUGUAAAUGCUUGACCAAUUUAAAUACAUUUAAAGUGACAGUUGUG